AUGAGCUCGGAGGCGGGCUUCUUCGGCCGGCAUGACAACCCCUUCCUGUUCGUCCCGAACCUCAUCGGGUACGCGAGGGUGCUCUUCAUGAUCUACGGCUUCUCGGUCGCCAACAGCAGCCCGGAGCGCUUCGUCGCGGCGUACGCGCUCGCGUUCGUGUGCGACGACCUCGACGGGCGCUUCGCGCGCCUGCUCGACCAGUGCAGCGCGCUCGGGGCGGUCCUCGACAUGGUCACCGACCGCGUGGGCACCGCCUGCCUGCUCGUGCUGCUCGGGGCGCGCCGCGCGUGCCUGCUCCUCCCGGCCAUGUCCCUCGUCGCGCUCGACAUCUGCAGCCACUGGUUCCAGAUGUACGCCACGCUCUCCGCGGGCGCCACCACCCACAAGGACACCUCCAAGGCCUCCUCGCUGCUCGUGCGCCUCUACUACAGGUACCGUCUCUUCAUGGGCUACUGCUGCGUGUCGUGCGAGGUGCUCUACCUCGCGCUGUACCUCCUGCAGUGGGACGCGUUCCUCGCGCCCGGACCGAUCGCGGCGGCGACUGCCACGCCCGUGGUGCGCGCGCUGUUCGCGCUGGUGGGCGUCGAGCUGCGCGAGGGGCCGCUGCCCGUCGUCGCGCUCCUGGCCGCGGCCGCGGUCCCGGGCUUCGUCGUCAAGCAGUUCGCGAACGUCAAGCAGCUGCAGAGUGCCGCUGGCAUGUUGGUCGCCGCGGAGCGGAAACAGCAGUACAGCGCCAACGGCCACGCGAAGGCGGCCAAGCAAAUGUAA